UCAAGCUCGAGGAAACUGCGCACACCGCGUUGAUUGAACAGGUGGCGCUAGCUCGGGUUUCCGUUAAGUAGGCAUAUUUACAAUCAUUAAGUACAACCGACGGGACAGGCAGACGGGACUUUGCCGGACUUCACUUCAGAUGCACCUCACAUACCGGACUGGCCCGGUUUAGAGCGCAGAGGAGAGCGAGGGCGGACAGUUGGAAACUUCUCAGGUGAAAAUUAACCGUAGUUUGUAGUUUGACAGUUAGGGGCUUUUAUUCCAGCCGCUGACUUUGACAUGGUUAUCGAUAGUCCCCGGUUACAUGGGGGUAAAGCCCCGGCCUCUACCCCCGAGAACGUUGCCCCGGCUUCUCUAGGCAGUCCUGCCGCGGAUAUCCUCCGUAACUUUUACCACACCAAGCGGGUGGGAAACUACUUGAUCGGGAGGAAACUUGGAGAGGGCUCCUUCGCUAAAGUCAGAGAGGGACUUCACGCCAAGACUGGAGAGAAGGUUGCAGUGAAGGUGAUAGAUAAGAGGAAGGCUAAGAAGGACUCUUACGUGACUAAGAACCUCCGUAGAGAGGGUCACAUCCAACAGAUGAUCAGACACCCCAACAUCACCCAGCUGCUGGACAUCCUGGAGACUGACAACAGUUACUACCUGGUGAUGGAGUUGUGUCCUGGAGGAAACCUGAUGAACCGGAUCUACGAUAAGAAGAAGCUGGACGAGAGAGAGACGCAGAAAUAUGUACGUCAGCUGGUGAUGGCUGUGGAACAUCUACACAGGGCCGGAGUGGUGCACAGGGACCUGAAGAUUGAAAACCUGCUGUUGGAUGAACAGGACCACAUAAAGCUCAUAGAUUUUGGUCUCAGUAACUGUGCAGGAAUCCUGGGUUAUUCAGACCCGUUCAGUACCCAGUGUGGGAGCCCAGCCUACGCUGCUCCAGAACUACUGUCCCGCAAGCAGUACGGACCCAAGGUGGACGUCUGGUCCAUAGGAGUGAACAUGUACGCCAUGCUGACUGGCACCCUUCCCUUCACCGUGGAGCCCUUCAGUCUCAGGGCUCUGCACCAGAAGAUGGUGGACAAGGAUAUGAACCCUCUACCGCCCUCUCUCUCUACAGCAGCCAUCUGUCUAAUGAAGAAGCUGUUAGAACCAAACCCAGCUAAGAGACCCAACAUCCACCAGGUCAUGGCUGACUCCUGGCUACAACUGGCUAACGCUAACACUGGAGCACCCUACCUCAACAGGAUCCACAUUGAGGAGAUCAACCACAUGGUAUUGCUCCAUAUGACAGAGAGGAUGGGUUAUAAACACAGCGAGGUGCUGAGUGCCGUGCUGACCAACAGAGCCUGUCACACCCUGGCUGUCUACUUCCUGCUCAGCAACAAGAUGAAGAGGCUCUCCAAGGAGUACAGGGAAAAGGUGUACCAAGAGAAAGAGAAGAAGACAGAGAAGAAGGAAUACUUCCAGACCCAGUGGAGGAAACACAUAGAGAAGGUCACCAUCCCUCCUAAACAGACUCCUGUCUACCGGGCCUUCAGCAAGGGCCCUAGCAAGGAGAAGAAACACAGGAAUGGUCUGCUGCGAGCGGUGACAGGUAACUUCCACCGCGCCUCUCCUCUCGCCCCGUCCGGCACCGUCGCCUCGUCCUCCAUGGAAUACCUGGAGAUCCACCCCCUAUUCCCCCACAUGCCACAGCCAAUCAGGCGCCUAGAAACCCUCCAGGCAGCCAAUACCAGCCCAGACCACAUCCCCGCCCCCCCGGCUCCUUCUCCAAUCGGCAUGCACUCCUACGACUCCCUCUCCAAAGCUGAGCCAAUUGACGACGUCGUGGUUCCUGCCUCGGCCACGCCCUGGUACAAACUGACCAAUGGGACCUUCUCUCCUCCGCGACACGUCUCGGCCUUCCACCCUGAUUCCUCCUACCUAAAAAAGGCGACUAUCCCCAGCCCCCCUGUCCUCAUUGUCAACCCCCAGCCCAAAAAGUCCUCCUCUAACUCGGGUGACUGGUGCGGCUCUGACACCAGCGGUAGCCCCCCUAGCAUCUUCGGCAGCCCCCCGGGAGGCUCAGCCUUUUCCCCGCCCAAAUCAGCCUUCAGUCCCCUCAACCCGUCAUCUGCGUUCAUUCCUCCGUCCAUUGGGGGCAGCAUUGAGCCAGACAGCCCCCAGGACCGUGGCAGUAAGUUCCCCUCUAUGGGCAUCGGCCAGAUCCUGAAGAAGAAGGUCCCCUUCCAGCCGUUCAGUUUCAGGGCGGAGCAAGCGGUGGAGGAGGAUCUGGUGUCUCCGCCCCCCUACCACAUGCAGACGCUGCUCUGUGCCUCCGGGGCGCUCAAGACCCUCUGCUGAAGCAUUGUGGGUAGCGGGACAAAGAUGAUGAUGGAAGACCAUCUGGAGGUGUGGCUCUGGUCCAAAGUAGUGCACUAUGAAACGAGGAGAUAGGGUCUGGUCGUUUGGUUGGUUUUGACACCGGUGACUGGAACACAUGACGUGGAGCUCCACAGUGUUACCUGUCAUUGUUGUGUAUCGUGUUGUGAGAGAGAGCUGAAU